CUCACAGCCCCUCGUUCCGUGGCCGUCCAAUGGAAGCUGUUCUAUGUCGUGAGCUGGUAGAGAAGGGCCUUGGCGAGGAUGACCUGCGGCUCCUGCGAGACGCGGGGUAUGUUAACCGAGAGCGAUUGAAUUUGGCAUCGCGCGAGGGUCUGCGCGAGGCAAAGCUUUUGCCCGCCGUCGUGGAUAUCAUCAAGAACCCUGGCCCUGGCUCCGGCACCGGCUCGCGCACCAGCACCGGCCCCUCGCACCCAACGACAGCGCAGCUCAGUUGCAGCUCUCAGCGCCGCCGCCGCCGCCGCCACCGACCGGCGCCAUCCUGCCUGUUUAUGAGGUGUUCGCAAACGACUCCAAAGAGUUCCUGGGCACCCUCACAAUCAUCAGCGCCGACGGGAUCGCCGCUACGGCGCGGCACGUGGUGGUGUGGGGCGACGGCCGCAUGCAUCCGCGGCGGCUGUUUGUUGGGGACGGCGACGUGCAGGCGCGCCACCUGGCCAGCUUUCCCGUGGUUGACGUGAACCUGCUUCGGCUGCUACGGACGACGGCCGGGCUGCUCGGCGUUGGUUCUGGCGACAGCGGGGGUGCUGUUGGUGGCCGCAGCAGCAGCAGCAGCAGCACAGGGUUCAAGCGGCGCGGCGCCCACCGCUGCUGGCGGCGUGACGGGGGCAGCGGCUCCGUUCCCGCACAUGGAGAUCGCCCCGGACGAGUCCUUUACGCCCGGUGUCCAGCUGACCGUGUACAGCUAUCCGGCGAUGGCGGUACGGCAUAACCUCUUCAGAUCCGGCCCGGCAGUGACCCAUGGGCUGUUAUCAUCUUUCUCGCCGGGCCAACUGGUGGGCCUGGCCGACUACGCCGGGUUCCCAGGCUCCUCGGGCGGUGCCGUGACGUGCAGUGACAAGUUCAUCGGCAUCCAUAUUGAAGCCAUUUCGCACGACAGCAGUAUUGGCGAUACGACGCAGCCGCCGCCGGCCAACAGCUUCAUCGCUGCCCCUCCCAUCCCCGCUGCUUCCACCGCCGCACCGGCGGCACCUUCGGCGCAGGAGCUGGAGCGGCCAGGCGCGGGUGGUGCCGGCCCGGGAGCUGGCGACCGCGCUGGCGGCGCCGGCGAGGCGCCUGCCUGCUGGCAAAAGGCUGCGGCCAUGCGAUGAUUCCAGAGACGAUAUCCGGGAGGGCGGGGAUUGGCUCAGCACGCGAGUCGCAUAUAGAUCCAGGUAGAGGGUGAGAGAGAGGGAGAGAGUCAGUCAGAGUUAGAGCGCUGAAGGCAUCACUGGACGUGUGGCGAGAGACAACUACUAGGGACGCGGGUAUGUCUGGUCCUCUCCCAGUCUUCGGCUUGUGGGAUGGUUGCUGUCCGUGAGGUCUUGCGGCAAGGUCUGGGCGCUGAGUCCCGUUUCGCAUGAUUGCUGGCCAACACGGGGCGCUUACAAAGGCUGGACAACCAACCGAGGGGCAAGCGUGGGGCUGCAAGCGCUGCUGUUGCUCGGCCAGGCGGAAGGUGUACGCUUGGCUAGAGCUUCCGUUAGGUAUGGGACACCAAGGCUACUAAGGCAAAGUGGCGCUUAUAUUGUUGCGCACGAGUUGACAAAGUCUAUUGACGUAGCUUGCCCUUGUACGGCCGGCGGAGUUGGGUUGAUAAUGUAAUGAGCCCGGCUG